AUGAUAAUUGAAAAUUACAAUAUUUUGAUUCCCUACAAUGAAUAAAGGGUUGUAUUAAUACGAGUUUUAUUUGAAACCUAAUAUAGAAUGAAAAUGAUGGAUAAAUCUUUGUUAAAUGCAUUCUACAAAUAUAAUGCUUUAUUUAUAUAAAUGUAGGAGGAGAGAGCUAUGUUGUUUAUAAAUAUAUGCUAUUUUUUUGAUUUACAAGUAAAUGCCAUUUAAUAAAUGAAAUUCAAUUUCUAAGGCUUUUAAUAAUUGUAAUUUAUCAAAUUAGAUAAAUUUAUUUAAAAUAUAAUUGUAUUUCUGCUUCAAUUGCAUUUUGGAAAUCUCUUGAGAGAUAAGUCAAUAAUUAAGAAGGAUUAAAGAAACUCUUUAAGCUUUAAGGAAUUUAAUUCAAAUACAGAAGUAUUCAAUACUAUUUAAUUUAGAAUUUGUAUAAUGGAAUCAGAGGUUUGGUUUUAAAAAGGGCUGAAAAUAGUUUUUAAGUAACAUUAUGGAACUUAGGAAAUUAAUUUUAUGCUUGA